AUGUCGGCGAAACUCGCAUACGUCUUGACCAUUCUGGUCGCCUGCAUCCAGCUCGCUUCGGCAAACUUCGACCUUUACCACAUCCAUGGCGUGGAGGCUGAUGGACCGUUUCCGGGUGCCGAGAUCAACGGCUGGCAACUCCAGAACGAUAACCCCACCUGUGACCAAGCCGAUCAGUUCGCGGUCUGGCGUGAUAGCAGCGACCUCUCCCACGGCCGAAAGGGUGCACCUUGGCCCGACGUCAAGCUCAUCGAGAUGCACUUCACCAAUAAUCCCCUCUACCACUUCACCAUCUACAAGGACCGUGGCUACACGACCGGCGACGGUGGGUGGCGCUGGUACCUGUACGGCACCGAUGACAAGGCGGAUGGAACGUGCUUUGCGUGGGUUAAGUCAUUCAUACUGCAACUACAACUGGGAUUGCAAGUAGCCAGACAAGAACUUGGCGGUCAAGGGCUACCGCAAGUUCCGCUGCCUCACUGA